CAGGAGUCAGAAUCCUCAAUCCACGAUGUCAGUAUUAUUAACAUGUUAAUUUUUUGUCCACUCAAUAAUUAUCUUGAUUGUCUCGGCUGCUCAAUUAAACCUUUCGUCACUCACGAUUAAAACUGGCUACUACUGCAUUUAAUACUAUAUUAAGAAAUCGAAGACUCCUUCCUCUUGCCAUAAUUAGUUAUAAUUUCGGAUUAUCCGAGUCAAACAAUCGAACAAUGGGAAGCAACUCUGACAAUGUUGGUGGCAAGAGCAUUGAGGAAAAAAUUAGCUAUUUGAAAAAUCACAUUUCUAGCUACCCUGAUUUUCCAAAGCCUGGAAUACUGUUCCGAGACAUGUUUAGUCUCCUCCGUGACCCCACAGCCUUCAGAGUGUUGAAAGAUGUGAUGGUGGAAUACACCCGAAAUAAUAUUGGAGAGGCCGAGGUGGUGGUGGGGCUGGAGUCACGGGGCUUCCUUUUUGGGUCAAUUUUAGCCAUUGAAUUGGGCCUUCCAUUCGUCCCGAUUAGGAAGCCUGGAAAACUUCCUGGAGCUUUGAACAAGGUCACGUAUUCCUUGGAGUAUGGAACGGAUACUUUCGAAAUUCAAAGGGAAAGUAUCAAACCUGGACAAAAUAUUCUUAUUGUUGAUGACCUUCUGGCCACUGGAGGUUCCCUCAAUGCAGCAACUACCCUUAUUGCCGAUUGUCAAGCCAAAGUAUCUGGCUGUCUAGUUAUUAUGGAGUUGGCGGAUUUAAACGGACGAACCAAGGUGAAAGCUCCCAUCCAUAGUUUGAUGAGCUUCUAAGCCAUUAAGUAGUUGAGAAACACAUUCUUUCAACAUUUUCACAUUCCUAAUAUGUGAUUGUAAUUUUAUUGUCUAUUUUCCUAAUAAUAAAUCGGCAAAUCAAAACUUUA